GAGACCUCGAAGGGCAGAACUGAAAAUUCUCGGCCAAGUGGAAGGAGAGGAAAAAAAAGAAGGAUCAGACGAGCGACAGCGGAUAGGAAUCAGUCGAGAAGAAGGAAAGGUCCAUCCACCAUGAUCGCCAUCAAUCCAAGCCACUUCCAUUCCCUCCGCCCUUUCAGAUACCAUUCUCCUUUUAUCCGCUGUGACUUCUUGAUCGCAUCCCAGAGUAAUUGAUUGCAUGGCGACAACAUAUUCCCUCUCCAUUACAAGAAAGCGAUCUCCCUUCCUUAUUUAUCCCUUAUUCUUUCCCGCAUUUGUUCCUAACCCUAGCACCAAUCUGCAUGGCCGACGCUUCCCCCAAAUUCCAUCAACAUCGCCCGGACCUCCUCCCUACCGCCGCUUACUCCGAGGCUGAGCUUCGUGUUUCUCACGACGGCAUCGAAUUCUGGCAAUUCAUGAUCGCGGGAUCCUUGGCUGGUGUUAUCGAACACACCUCCAUGUUCCCCGUUGACACUGUCAAGACCAGGAUGCAGGCCCAAUCUGCCCCAUGCAGUUCUGCGCCCGCCGGCCUCCGCCAUGCCUUGACCUCCAUAUUCCGACUCGAGGGUCCUCUCGGUUUUUACCGCGGUAUUGGCGCAAUGGGUCUCGGCGCCGGUCCCGCCCAUGCGGUUUACUUCUUCGUGUACGAGAAGGCGAAGGUCUACCUAUCUCGAGGAAAUCCUAAUAAUCCCGCCACCCAUGCCGCGUCCGGCGUGCUUGCAACGGUAGGAAGUGACGCUGUGUUCACGCCAAUGGAUACCGUGAAGCAGAGGCUGCAAUUGAAGAGCAGUCCGUAUCAGGGUGUGGUGGACUGUGUGUCUAGGAUUUUCAGGGAGGAGGGCUUGAGGGCGUUUUAUGCUUCGUAUAGAACGACGGUGGUGAUGAAUGCGCCGUUCACGGCUGUGCACUUUGCGACCUAUGAGGCUUCGAAGAGGGCUUUGACGGAGGUUUCCCCGGAUAAUGCUAGUGAUGAGAGGUUGGUUGUGCAUGCUACUGCCGGAGCAGCGGCUGGGACAUUGGCGGCUCUGGUGACCACCCCGCUUGAUGUGGUUAAAACCCAAUUGCAGUGCCAGGUUAAGGUUUUCUAUUGUUUUAUGAGUCAUUUGUUUAAAUGAUUGCUUAUCAUUACUUUGGUGCUUUAUUUUGCUGUUGUUGUCUUAUUAUAGAUGUUAGCCAAACUUUAGUUUGGCAUACUCAUUAUUUGGGUGU